UUGUGUCAAAUCCUAACAGAAGUUUGUCCAUAAGGUAAUGGACUACUUAUGCAAAUAGGAACAUCCGAGAUAGCAUACAACAACCGCAGCACGCCCCGCAGCACGGCUCGAGAGGCGCAGCCAUAACUAGAGAAUUUCUGAGACGCGCUCGGUCUAAGCUUCACAAUGACGGCAAAGCUUUUUGCGUUAUUUAUCAUCUGUGUUUGGGUCUUUCUCGAUAAGUCAAUUUCAAUUGAAGGAAGAAGACAGGUGUGUGCGGAUGGCAGCUAUGAGCUUGAGGGGCGGACCUGUUGUUUGUGCACUGCUGGACAGCGGGUCAAAGAGCACUGCACUCCUGACAGUCAAAAUGAUGGACAAUGCGAGCACUGUGAGAAUGGCACAUAUAACAGUGUUGCUAAUUUCCAGGAGACCUGUCAGCCCUGCACGUCCUGCUCCCAUCCCAAUGCUAAUUUAGAGGAGGAGGAACCGUGCACCAUUGUCAGGAACACGAAGUGUCGAUGCAAGAAACAUCAUUUUUGCAGUAGUAAGGAAUGCACAAUCUGCCAAUCUUGUAAAAUAUGUGGCUUUGGUGGUAUUAAAGCAGACUGUACAGCCACCAGCGACACAGUCUGCAAUGAUGCUGGUGGAGCUAUUGCUGGAAUUGUUGUCCUGGUUUUUAUUCUUGUUAUUGGAGCCAUUGUUGCAGCAGGAUAUGUCGUAAUCAGGAGAAAGACACGAGACAGAAAUAGGCAAAAGGAGCAAGUAGGAAAAGAUGAAAGUGGACCUCAUGUGGAGCUUGACGUACUUCUUCCAGCACACAGUGGAGAGAGACGGGCAGGUGGGAGGAGAGAGACAGGGGAGGACACACAGUAAAUAGCAACAGCUUGGGAUGUGAACCUGCACCGUCCGCACCACCAUGAGGCAUACACGGUCACCUGCUCAACCACUGAGCCACCCUGGCACCUAAUAACAGCUUUUUUCUUUAUAUGAAAUUACAACCACCUGUAAAUGUCAUAUACACAGUUUUUACUGUACAUGAAAAACUACAUUUUUCUUGUAUUUACUUUUCUGUGGAAAACUUUUAAUUUCUUUGAGAAAAAAGUAUAAUCCCCCCUUUGCAUCCGUUAAUCAAAAAAGCUGCAUAUUGCACGCUCAAUAAAGUUGUAAUAUUGUACUUUUAAUUUUUUCACAUUAUUUUCAGAUAAUGUUAAUCUCGAGCCUCUCCUACCAGAUACUGCAAAGGAGCUCGGAUGGAAGGAUAUGAGAAGUGUGGCUGGCCAUACUGGGGUAACAGUGACUGUUACUGAAUCUUGUAAAAUGGAACACCCAAAUGAUCCCAAAGAGCAAACACUACAGCUACUGAGGAGGUGGGUGGGGAAGGAAGACAGAGAUGCCGCAAACAAACUGAUCCAAACCCUUAAAAAUAGGGAUAAAAAGGGCAAAGCACAAAAGAUCAGUGAUAUAGUGUCAAAAGGCGAUUCUGCUCCUGCAGGUAACAGCUGAGGUGUUUACACAAUAAAACUGAACUGUAAAUACUAACUUAAGUACCAUGUUAAGAAUGAGUCAUUCUGUCUUUAUUUUUAUUGUUUUAGUUUUAGGUGUCAACUUACUCUACAUACAUUAAUUUAUG